AUGGAACAAAGAGGAUCCUCAUCAUGGAGACUGAUCCUUGUACUUUUUGCACUGUCGCUUAUAUUUUGGAGUGUAGCUCUGGCGCAGAUAAAAUAUUCCGUUCUAGAAGAGCAGAAAGACGGCGCCGUGGUAGGAAAUAUCGCAAAGGAUUUGGGUCUUGAUCACAGGAGUCUAAAGGAGCGAGGAUUGCGUGUCGUAUCAACUACAGGAGAAUCUUUAUUUAAACUAAAUCAGGACGAUGGCGUUUUAUAUACUACAGGGAAAAUAGACAGGGAGGAGGUAUGUGAGAGAAUUAGCGCAUGCUUGAUUAAUAUGAAAAUCGCCCUUGAAAAUCCUUUAGAGAUUCAUUACGUAGAAGUUGAGGUUGUGGACAUAAACGAUCAUGCCCCGACGUUUCCUGAGAUAGAAAAGCGUUUGGAAAUCUCCGAAAACGCCGUGUCUGGCUCACGCUUUCAGAUACAAGCGGCACGCGAUGCAGAUAGCGGGAUGAAUUCUGUACAAACGUAUAAAAUCAGUCAGAAUGAACAUUUUCGUGUUGAGGUAAAAGACGGAUCGGAUCGAAAGAUGCCCUUUCUAAUUUUACAAAAAUCGUUAGACAGGGAAACUAGUCCUAGUCAUAAACUCCUCCUCACAGCGUUGGACGGCGGAAAACCUCCAAAAUCGGGGAAUUUGGAGAUAACUAUAGAUGUAUUAGAUGUAAAUGACAACAUUCCGGUUUUUACAAAAGACUCGUAUUCCGUGAAGCUUAGCGAAAACGUUCCCAUAGGUACAAGGGUAGCUCAGGUAAACGCAACCGACCUAGAUGAUGGUGUAAAUGGUGAAGUCUUUUUCAUUUUUGGCCACGAUGUAGAAACUGACUUGCGCACACUUUUUGAUCUGGAUCCAGUCACAGGCGAAAUAGUUGUAAAAGGACACAUCGAUUUUGAGCAAAAAGACCACUAUGAAAUCGACAUCCAAGCAUCGGAUAAAGCACUUGCACCACUGACAGCUGAUAAAAGCAUCCUAAUACAAAUUGUUGAUGUAAAUGAUAAUGCGCCGGAAAUUGAAGUGACGUCAUUUUCGAGCACAGUACCAGAGGAUACUAAGUUGGGUACUACAGUAGCAUUAAUCAGUGUGAGUGAUUUAGAUUCUGGUUUAAACGGGAAAGUGUCCUGCUCUGUACUUGAAGAAAUACCAUUUAAAUUAAUGCAGGCCUCACAGCAUAACAUUUAUUCAUUGACAACUUCAUCAUUACUUGACAGGGAGAAAAUAUCCAAGUAUGACAUUACAUUAGUAGCCCAGGAUGCAGGUCAGCCAGCAUUGUCAUCUUUUAAGUCUAUCACUGUCCAACUAUCAGAUGUAAAUGACAAUAGCCCAGCGUUUUCUCUCAACCCAUACAUCUUCUAUGUCACUGAAAAUAAUGUACCAGGCACGUCCAUGUUCUCUGUGUCUGCCACAGAUUGUGAUUUAGAUGAAAAUGCCUUGAUUACCUAUCAGAUUUCUAGGGAUAUUACUGUUCAAAACAAGCAUACAUCCUUUCUAAACAUAAAUCCUGAAAAUGGAGAGAUAUGCGCAUUGAAAAGCUUUGACUUUGAAGCAGUUAAAACAUUCCACUUCCAUGUUGUUGCUUCAGAUUCUGGAAAUCCAUCACUGAGCAGUAAUGUUACAGUGAACGUGUUUAUUCUAGAUCAGAACGAUAAUGUUCCCAUGAUCUUGUAUCCAGUCAGCGCUAACGGUUCUGCUGAAGGUGUGGAGGAGAUUCCUCGCAAUGUCAACGCAGGACAUUUGGUGACUAAAGUGAGAGCCUAUGACCUGGAUAUAGGAUACAACAGCUGGUUAUUGUUUUCAUUGCAAGAAGUGAGUGACCACAGUCUCUUUGGUUUGGACCGUUAUACAGGACAGAUAAGGACCCUUCGCUCAUUCACUGAAACAGACGAAACUGAACAUAAACUGGUCAUACUGGUCAAAGACAAUGGAAAUGUUUCACUUUCAGCAACAGCAACUGUGAUUAUUAAGCUUGUGGAGCCAAAAGAACCUUUUGCAGCUUCCGAUGUCAAAAAUGCAGUAAAAGACGAAGGGGAUACUAAUAUUACAUUUUAUUUAAUUAUCACUCUGGGUUCAGUUUCAGUGCUUUUUUUCAUCAGUAUCAUUGCAUUAAUAGUAAUGCAAUGCUCCAAAUCUACAGACUGUUCCUCCAAGUAUUUACAAGAUACAAUGUAUGAUGGGACAUUGUGUCACAGCAUUCAGUAUAGAUCUGGAGAUAAACGGUACACAUUAGUUGGCUCCAGAAUGAGUAUUGGUUCUACUGUAGUUCCGGGCAGUAAUGGAAAUACUCUAGUGGUACAAGAUCACAGGAGGAGAACUUCUAGAGAGGUAAGGCAUUUUUCAGUGUAG